UAGUCUUGGAUUCUUUUGCUGGUCGCUGCUGCAGCUUUCUCUCUCUCUCUCUCUCUCAUGGCGGCAGCCAUUAAAGCUCAUCUUUAGAGCUAAAUGCUCUUUCUUCUUUAGGUUUCUUCUUCAACUUUUUACUUGGAGUUUCGAGCUCAUAUUUUGGUGGCACGAACCUGCUUAUCUGUCUUUCGCCAUGAAGUCUUCGACUAGGCUUGAUUCGGCUACUUUUCAGCUCACACCUACUCGAACCAGGUGUGAUUUGAUUCUAUCUGCGAAUGGAAAGUCUGAGAAGAUAGCUUCGGGUUUGUUGAAUCCUUUUCUUGCCCAUUUGAAGACUGCACAAGAACAGAUGGCCAGAGGUGGUUAUUCCAUUAUUCUUGAGCCAGACCCUCGCAGUGAUAGAACAUGGUUCACAAAGGGUACCAUGGAAAGGUUUGUCCGAUUUGUAAGCACCCCUGAAAUCUUGGAACGGGUGUACACUAUUGAAUCAGAGAUCUUACAAAUUGAGGAGGCAAUCGUGAUUCAGGGCAACAGUGACAUGGGACCAAAUGUUGUAGAUGACAAGCAAGGAAAGCCUACAAAGCCUACCGAAAGCGCCACCGAAGGUUCUAAAAUCAAUGGAGCAAGCAAGCCUCUUCUGGAUGGUAAUGAGGAGAAAGCCAUUGUUCUAUACAAGCCUGAUGCAAAAUCAUUGGAGGCCAAUGGACAUAUGAUGUCAGAGGAGAACUCAAAAGCCCAGCUUCUUAAAGUCUUGGAGACACGCAAAACUAUGCUGCAAAAGGAGCAAGGAAUGGCUUUUGCUCGAGCUGUUGCUGCUGGUUUUGACAUUGAUCGGUUGUCACCCUUGAUAUCAUUUGCCAACAGCUUUGGAGCCUCACGAUUGAUGGAUGCAUGCAUAAAAUUCAAAGAACUGUGGAAAAGAAAGCAUGAAAGUGGCCAAUGGCUCGAAAUUGAAGCAGCAGAAGCACUGUCCAGCCGAGCAGACUUUUCCCCUUCCAUGAAUGCAUCAGGCAUUAUACUUACAAAUAUGACUGACAAGCAGACAGAAUCUAGAGAAGCAUUGUCUGAAUCUCAAAGCGAACCAUCUCCGACAAAUAAGGGGAAUGCAAGUGCAGAUGGAAAUACACGGACACCUAUGAUGUACCAGUCACCACCAGGCCACCAGGAGUAUCUUCAAGGGCAGUAUCCUCAUCAUGUCUACCCUCCCUGGCCCAUCAAUUCUCCUCCAGGUGCAUUACCUGUCUUUCAAGGAUACCCCAUGCAAGGAAUGCCUUACUAUCAGAACUAUGCAGGGAGUAGCCCAUUCUUUCAUCCACAUUAUCCAGUAACAGAGGAUUCUCGCCCGGGUGAUGGUAAAAAAAUGGGAGGCAAACGGCACUCCAUGGAUAGUGGAGAUAACUCGAUGGAACCAGAGGCCUGGGAGUCGAAUGCUUCAGAAACAAGAACACCAGAUGAUGCAGAAUCAGAGCAAGAAGCUUCAGAAGAUCUAAGAAAAGCUGGUCGAUCAGGUAAAAAGAAGUCGAGUGUGGUUGUCAUCCGCAACAUCAACUACAUUGCAUCGAAGAGGCACAACUCAUCAGGCAGUGAAACAGAUUCACGGUCUGAUAGUGAAAGUGGUGAAGAUGGAGAUUCACAGGCUAUUAAUCCGGAAAUUAAACACAAGAAAUCACCUAGAUCGUCAAGGAGCAAAGGAAAACAUCUAAAUUUUGGAGAUCAAUCAAAUACUUCUGCAAAAACUGUUUCACCAGAAGCAGAUGGACAUUGGCAGGCAUUCCAAAACCUUUUACUUCGGGAUGCUGAUGGGGAUAAACAUCAUGCUGAUCAAAGCCUGUUUACCUUGGAAAGGGAGACGAAGCAGAAAAGGCAACAAAAUAAAGUUGGUGAUGAUCCAUUGAUUGCUCAAGGAUGGAACAAAAAUGAAAUCCGAGAAAAUGGUGCUACAGACAUUGAUCGAGUUGGUGGAAGAAUCAACCGCAUGUCAAGGGCAUCAAAUGAUGAAUUAUUAACUUCCAGAGGAGAUAGUCUAUCUGGAGAUGGUCAUUUGAACGUGCAGGCUACAGAACUAGAUGGAGGAAGAAAUGGCUACAGGAGGCCUGGUAGUGAUGAUUUUAUAGUUUAUGGACAAAAAGGUCAAACUCAUUCUAACGCUUACUCGGAUCCAUUAGCUGCAGGUGGCUUUGAUAAUACAAAAAUGAGUUAUGAUAAAAGUUCGUCAAAUAAUUUGGAUGGUGAUUCUUACAUAGUUACAUUAAGAUCGACAUCAAUGGAUGCAGUAGGAAAGGAAGGUAGAAGUGCUGUUGACAUGGAUUCUGAGUUUCCAUCUUCAAAUCGUAAGGCAGAAAACUUGUCCAAUAGAGUUGCUGACUACGAGCCAGAUGUACUGAAUCUGGUGCCAAAGCGUGAAACAGAAAACGAACCUGCUGGCUAUGAUCCUGCUUCAGAAUAUGAAAUGCAAGUCCAUGCUGGACGUGUACCAGCUGUGAAUAAAAAGAAGGAAAUGGUGACUGAUGUUAAACAAGGGACUAAAAGGUUGGACAAUGAUCGAAAGCCAAAAGUUACUCCUGACAGAAAAACUGGGGGGCCAAUAAGGAAGGGAAAGCCAUCUAAGUUGAGUCCUUUAGAUGAAGCACGAGCACGUGCUGAAAAGCUAAGAAGUUAUAAAGCUGAUCUCCAGAAAUUGAAGAAGGAGAAGGAGGAGGAGGCAAUAAAAAGAAUAGAAACUUUAAAGCUAGAGAGGCAGAAGAGAAUUGCAGCAAGAGGUAACAACAGCAAUACUGCUGCUCAGUCAUCAUUGCCCUCUCAACAAACUAGAAAGCUCCUGCCAACAAAAAUGUCACCGAGCUCUCAGAAAGGGUCAAAAUUUAGUGAUUCAGAUCCAGGACCAUCAUCUCCUCUGCAAAGGUUCUCCAUCAGAACGGCUUCAAUUGGUUCCAAUGAUUCCAACAGUGCUGCAAAACCCAGCAGAUUGAAUGGUAUAAAUCACUCAGCUGGAAACCGGUUAAGUCAAUCUGUACCUUCAUUAAAUAAACUAAAGAAAGAGAACAGUGAGGCUACACAUGAUAAAAAAGUAUCCAUGGCUCGAAUUAGAAGAUUAUCAGAGCCCAAAAUGAGUAUCAGCAAUCAUUCUUCUUCUUUCAAGACGCGGAGCACUGAGCCAGCUUUGAAGGCAAAACUAACAAAUGAGACUGAGAGCAAAAAGAAGAUAUCUAAUGAGACUGACAGCAAAAAGAAGGUAUCUAAUGAGAAUGAUAGCAAAAGGAAGAUAUCUAAUGAGACUGACAGCAAAAAGAAGGUAAAUGAGACUGAUAGCAAAAAGAAGAUAUCUGCUAUAAUGAAUUUGGAUAAGAGCAAGGCUGCAACUCUUCCGGAACUUAAAAUUAGAACGCCCAAGGGACCUGGUGCUACAAUUGGCAACUCAUUAGCAAAAGAAAUGACGCAGAGCGUUAAUUGUUCUUCAGUUUCUGAUGUUGCUUGUGCUUCCAUGGAAAAAAUCACUGCCAAAGUCUCACAUCAUAAUGAACUGGAUGACAACCCUGUUGUUGAGAAGACUGUUGUAAUGCUUGAAUGUGAGAAGCCCUCCAUCCGUACAGGUCCUGUUUCUCAAGACAAUCUUUGCGACCGAAGGACAUAUAGCAAGCACAAAAUGGAGGGAAAAACUGAUAUCCCAUCAGAAUAUUCUGCCACCAAUGCUCUUAAUCCCCAAAUUAAAGUGUCCGGUGUUAAUAGAGAACCCAUCAAGCGCCAAUCACAGGGUCAGUUGAGUUCUCGUGAGGUGACGGUGAAUGGUGCAGAUCAGGAAGCACAAAACUUCUCAUCUCCUACUACGACCGAAAAAUUGUAUAAAGCUCCACAUGCUCGAGUUUCGUCUUUUGAAGAUCCUUGCACACGCAUUUCGGAGCAUGGAAAAGCAACCCCAUCAAAUUUGGAGAGUGCAGCAUCAGGCACUGAAACGGCUAAAGCUUAUGUUCCUGAUCAUGGAAACGCACUAUUGGAAAAGAUUCCUGAAGCAUUAGAGAAACCCGAGGCAAAAAAAUCAUCUAAAGGACUUAGACUGUUUCUGAAGUUUGGAAGAAAGAAUCAAAGCCCAGCUACAGAUGAGCAUAAUGAUGAAUCAGAUAAUACCAGCGCAACUGGUUCUGAAGCCAAUGAUGUUGGGACAAAUACCACUCCGCACAAUGAAGCAGUUCCUACAUUGAAAAAUCUGAUUUCUCAAGAUGAAACCCCCACUGCCAGCAAAACUCAGAAGUCUUCUCGUGCAUUUUCCUUGCUAUCACCUUUCCGAAGCAAGAACAGUGAAAAGAGAACUGCAUAACACGACACAAUUUUGUGGUGCUCUUAAAUAUGUGAAGUUGAGGAACCAUAAAGUUCAAGCUUGUCUUUUGCGCAGCACAAGCCUUGAUUGGGUUGUGAAGGAUACAACGGUUUGUUUUUUGUUCUCUUAUAAAAUAUUCUCAGUAACGUUAUCUUAAGCAUGGUCAUUGUAUAUUUUACAUAUUUUUCCAGUGAUGAAUUUCCAUGUAGUGUCCAUUAUGGCUUAUUAAAUGAAAAACCAGUUUCAAAUUA